GUGGAGGAACCAUGCCAGGAGACUGUCCUUGUCGGGAGGAAUAGAGCAACGGGUAACUAUGUUCGGCUGACCGUGAUUCUAAUCCCCGAGCACGUGCCGCCUGACAGCUGGCCAAGACUAACAGGCUCAUUCUGCGUCCUCAGUUUACGUGGCCGGGAAGAACCUGCUGAUGCAGGCACGGUGGUUCCACAUCCUUGGACUGGUGAUGUUCCUCUGGUCGUCCGCCCACCAGUACAGGAGCCACGCCAUCCUCGGCGGCCUCAGGAAGAAUAAAGCAGGAGUGCCCGUUCACUGCAGCCACAGGAUCCCCUUCGGAGACUGGUUCGAGUACGUCUCCUCCCCGAACUACUUAGCGGAGCUGAUGAUCUACGUGUCCAUUGCCGUCACCUUCGGGCUCCGGAACUUCACUUGGUGGCUCGUGGUGGCAUACGUCUUCUUCAGCCACGCUCUGGCCGCUCUCCUCAGCCACCGAUUCUACAGAAGCACGUUUGUCUCCUACCCAAAGCACAGGAGAGCCUUCCUACCGCUCCUGUUUUAAAGUAAGCCAGGGGAAUGCCCGCUGCGUGACAGGCCCCGCUCCUUGAGGCAGCGAAGUCUGGGGACUGGAGCGCCGUUUCUGCAGGCCGGCAGCAAACCGCUCCGCUGUUGUGAUAAAGUCAUUGAAGGGGCAAAGCCACACCCCUCAGGAAAACGAAUCUUCAACGUGUCUUCAAAGGAGAAAUACCGGCAGGCCUGUUUGCGCGUCUGCCUUCUGAGAUACUCUCUAAACCCAGACAACUGACCGAAGUACAGCCUUGCCUGAACUGCUCCUCAGGCAGAGGGGCCCAGAGCAGGCCAGCUUCAUGCACACACAUGACAGCGGAGGGGCUAGGGUCACCCCGGAACAGCCUGUGGGGAAGGCCAGCCUGUGUGUAGGAACACUACAGCAGGUGCUCCAUAAACUGUGCUGCAUUGCAGUGAGAGAACAGGCCUGGGAAUAACACUGGUGUAUAAUUUCACACCAGCAAUUCUGCAGAGAAAGUGAGUUCGUUGGAGUCGGUUUGUACGUCCGCAUCUUACCACAAAGACCUCUGGUUAUGUCACCAUAAAUGGCCUUUUCCAUUCAUGUGCCUCGGAAGGCCUAGCAGCCUUAAAACUUCUGUUGUUUAA